ACGUGGCUACGAAUAAACAGACAGAGCAGGGGAAAACACAAUUCACAGAAAUUCCCAAAUGAAGAGGCACUUUUAGUAGAAGCUAAAUUAUGUAUACCGUAGUGUAAUUAAACAACAUCCAGAGACCCAGCAAUUUACAAAAGUGACAAGCAGAGGCUAAAUGAAAUAAGAAGAAAACAUCACGCACAACAUCUUUAGUCACACCACAAAUGAUUACCAGAAUACAUUAAUCACCGAACUAAAAGCCAAUAGCUGAAUCAAAUUACAAUGAAUAAUAUACAAAAUGCGCCCACUACUGCGGCAGUGGGCGUGGGCAUUAAGUCCACAAGAAGCAACAACAUCUUCAAUGGUGUUGUGGAGGAGCAGCAGCAGCAGCAACAACAACAGCAAUCCACCGUGGACUACUCUAGUAUUAGAGCCAAGGAUGUGCUGGUCCAACCGACUUCCGAGCAAAUGGAGCUCUUGCGGAAACGCAUCUUGGAUCGCAUAGUAGACAACUGUGGCGAAACCAUCUAUGAGAUUGGAGUGGGCGAGGAUGGCAGUGAUAGUGGCUUGAAUCCAGAGCAAUUUGCUGCCUCAUUUAAGACCAUGCAGCAGUUGGCCACCCAAAUCGAUGCGGAUGUGGUCAAGUUAAGGGAAAGGCGAGCGGAGAAGGGACAAACAGCUCAAGUGCUAAUACGAAAACACAUUGAGACCACCGAUUUUAUGGAGAUACGCGUGGCUGUUGUGGGCAAUGUGGAUGCUGGUAAAUCCACUUUGCUGGGCGUUCUGACCCAUGGCGAAUUGGAUAAUGGUCGGGGUCAUGCUAGGCAACGGCUAUUCCGCCAUAAGCAUGAGAUCGAAAGCGGACGCACUAGCUCCGUGGGCAAUGAUAUACUCGGUUUCGAUGGCAUUGGCAAUGUGGUGAAUAAACCAGAUCAUGGCCAUCUCGAUUGGGUGAAAAUCUGUGAGAAAUCAUCGAAAGUGAUCACUUUCAUCGAUUUGGCAGGACACGAGCGUUACCUGAAAACCACAGUCUUUGGCAUGACUGGUCAUGCUCCGGACUUUGGCAUGCUAAUGAUUGGCGCAAAUGCUGGCAUCAUUGGCAUGACCAAGGAGCAUCUGGGUCUCGCCCUGGCUUUGGCCGUCCCCGUCUUUGUGGUUGUGACCAAAAUCGAUAUGUGUCCACCGAAUGUAUUGCAGGAUAAUAUGAAGUUACUUUUCAAAAUGCUCAAAUCCCAGGGAUGCCGCAAAGUUCCUGUGGUAGUCCGCACCCAAGAUGAUGUCGUCCUGAGUGCCACGAAUUUUGUUAGCGAACGUUUGUGCCCCAUCUUCCAGGUGUCCAAUGUCAAUGGCGACAAUUUGGAUCUGCUGAAGGUGUUCCUCAAUCUACUGAGCACGCGAAUGGCAGGUUCGGAGAAUCUACCAGCCGAAUUUCAGAUCGAUGAUGUCUACUCGGUCCCAGGCGUGGGCACAGUUGUCUCGGGCACUUGUCUGCAGGGCACGAUUCGACUGAAUGAUGCCCUAAUGCUUGGACCCGAUGCAGUGGGCUCCUUUGUGCCCAUCACCAUUAAAAGUAUACAUCGUAAGCGAAUGAAUGUCACCCGGGUUCGUUGCGGACAAACGGCAAGCUUCUCGCUGAAGAAGAUCAAGCGAGCCUAUUUGAGGAAGGGCAUGGUUCUGGUAUCGCCAGAGCUCAAGCCUCAAGCCUGUUGGGAAUUCGAGGGGGAAAUACUGGUGCUGCAUCAUCCCACAACGAUCUCGGCCAGAUACCAGGCCAUGGUGCACUGCGGUAGCAUUCGUCAGACAGCCUCCAUCAUCCACAUGUCCAGGGAGUGCUUGCGCACCGGCGACAAAGCCCAUGUAAAGUUCCGUUUCAUCAAGCAGCCGGAGUACAUAAGGGCAGGACAGCGUCUAGUUUUCCGUGAGGGUCGCACCAAGGCGGUUGGUAAUAUUUUGAAGCCCAUGCCACAUGCUGCAGCCUCGCCCUAUCGCCCCAAGCCAGCCAAAAUGCAAUCAAGGUCACAACAGAAUGGUGGCAGCAACGGCACCAACAAUCAACAGCGACAACACGGGCAGGGAAGCAGCUCAUCUGGAGCUGCGGCCGCUGGGGAAGAGAAGCAUCUUAAUGGUGGCGGUGGAGGAGGAGGAGGAAGUGGUGCUGGCGGCGGAGAGAGACGUGAAGGAGCCACUCGAAGGGGUGGCAAACGGAAAAGAAAUACCAAACCAUCAUCAGCCACAGCAGGAGGACAAGCCGCAGCAGGAGGAGUUACAGGAUCCAACGGAUCCGCUAAUCUAGAGGCAGCUGCUCCUCCUCCCCUUUCCGGUCUAAACAUAGCAGAGUGAAUAUAAUUUUUACUUAGGUAAGGAAACUGAAAAAAACUUCAUAGAUCUUUUAUUAUUUUUUUUUGAGAGAGAGAAAACUAUUUUGCUACUGGUUACUGAAAGAAACUACAAAAAAAUUGCCGCAAAUUACAUUAACUAAAUAUAUAUAUAUAAAUCGUAAAUAUAUAAAUCAUCACUUGAGUUUCGUCCACACACACACACACACACAAUCACAUUAAAUGUUCGUUGUUUGCCAAAUUGAAUUUAUAAUAUUUAAUUUUUCACACCCGACUUCGAUGACAUAAAUUUUAAGAUUUCUUUAGUUGUAAGAUGAAAAAAUGAUUUUACCCUUAAGGACGAAAAAAAUGAAUAUUGUUCUUUAAUUUGACCAAGUCGAAACUAAUUUUUAUAUAAGAAUAUUCGACUUUUUAUUCCAAAAAAAAAAGAAAUGAAAAAAAAUGUUUAAUUUAAUCUAUGAAAAGUUUCUAAACUAAAUUGUUGAUUGAAAUUGAUUUUAUCAGUUUUGAUUAUUGAAAGAUCUAUCAAUAAAUGUGUACAAUUUGUGUGUGAACCAA